UAACAAAUAUGCCGAUAGAAUGAGCAAUGGAAAUAAAGAAAACGAGCUAGGAGCUGAAGAACCUGAAUUCACAGCAGACCAUAAAGAGAAAAUUUUAAACGGUUUCGAAAUGGAUUAUAGCUUAUACUACUUGGCAAUAACUGCUCAGAAAAAUUCAAGUAGGGCCAAAAAGGUUAUGAGCCAAUUAUGGCCAAAAGAAGAGUGUAAUCAGUUACUGGUGAAAUUUGAUGAACACCGACCGCAUAUGCGAGUUGUGACGGAAGCAGAGUACGUGAGAUUACUUGUGAUCCUAACGAAAUUAAACCAAAUUCGACGAAUAAAAGUUUUUUCGCCCAAUGAGGUCCCACAAUAUAAUAUUAAAAGAUGGGUAUCAGAGUGGUUACGAUCAACAAAAUAUACAGCGAAGAAAGUUAAUCCGAAUCCCGCAGUCUGACCCAGGGCAAUAUUUUAAACGAAGUCUUGCAAUGAUGUCAUAGAAAAAUUGAUCUCACUAGCAUAAAAUUUGAUUUUUAGUAUUUAUGUUUCAUCAUAUAAAAUAUUUAAUGAUCUUAAAUGUUAAUGAUACUAAUAUUUUAUUAACUGUUGCAUGCAAUCAUCUAAAAAUAUUGUGAUAGUUAAGGCCAGGAUUUUUGUCUUUAACGAGACAAUAAAUUGUUAAAAUAUUUUAGAUGACGACAAAGAAAUAAGUAUUUAAACAAAAAAAGUAGAGAAAAAGUUGUAGGAAAUUCAAUUAUCUAAAAAAAUUCUCCUAUGAUUUUUAAUAGACCAAUAUUCACUAUAGUUCACAAUAAUUUCAAAAUUAAGAUAUAUAAUGAGUAAUUUGAUUUUUGAUUAUUUUAUGAGACUCUAAGUGUUGAGAUUGCACCACAUUUAUUGGUUCUGAAAAAAUUAUGAGGAAAAUUUUUAUGAAAUAAAAAUUUGAAACAACUUUUAUUUGAGACAUUUUUUGAAUUAGAUUAAUAUUUUUGCCGUAAUGUUUAAAUUUUUGAUACCAUUAAUUAUCGUGGCCUCAGUGAUGAUAUUGCAUAAUUAGUUUUAUUUAUGUUGACUUAAAAAGUCAAAGUUUUCGUAUUGUUUUUAUUUUUAAAAUGCAUGGCCA